GAAGCUCUCGCAUCCAGACAUGUCCUGCUACAGCCCGUGUGUGCCCUGCCAGCCCUGCGGCCCGACCCCGCUGGCCAACAGCUGCAAUGAGCCCUGUGUCAGGCAGUGCCAGGACUCCAAUGUCGUCAUCCAGCCCUCCCCCGUGGUGGUGACCCUGCCCGGCCCCAUCCUCAGCUCCUUCCCGCAGAACACCGCCGUGGGCUCCUCCACCUCUGCUGCCGUUGGCAGCAUCCUCAGCUCCGAGGGAGUGCCCAUCAACUCCGGGGGCUUUGGCCUCUCCGGCUUGGGCCUCUCCGGCUUUGGCGGCCGCUACUGCGGCAGGAGGUGCCUCCCAUGCUAAAGCUGCUGGCAAUGGCCCUGGGGAAGGGCCCAGGGACCCAGAAGAUGGCACCGCACUGGGGAUGCCGACUCCUUUCUGCCUUCGGUGCUCCCUGCACCAGGAUCUCCACUCACAGUGUCCUUGUUUCCCUGUUUUGACUCAUUAAAGUUCUGCUGCAUCCCAA